AAAAUCCAUUACAAUUUCAUUCCAUUUCAUCCUUUAAACAAUUUUUAUCGAGCUUAGAAUAUUAUCUAGCCACACAGUCUUCAAUAAAGGUCACAUUUAAUCAUAAGAAUUGCUGAGUGAGCAAAUAUUAUUUUGGUGACAAGAACAAUGGGUGUAAAAUGCAAUUUGAUCCCCUCACCUUCAUCUCUCUAUUAAUGUAUACAUAUAAUUGUUUCAAAAAGAACUUCUAAGAGUACUAGCUACUACUUCAUAUCUUAAUUUUCUAACUUUUUAAAUGAUGGUAUACAUCUUAAAACUUAGAUUGACAUUUCAUAGUAAUGGUGACCAUGCAUGUUUUUUUGUCUUAUUAAUAAUAAUAAAUCAACUAAUGAACCAACUUGGCAGCAAUUGGUUCCUAGGUUCCUUCUCCACAAUGACAAGAAAAGGUUAUUGUUUCCUUUGCUUGGAGAAAAAGGCAAGUUUAAUUAUGCUUAGGGAGAUAUUUUGAAUAAUAACAUCACAUCUUACAUGAUCACCCAUUUUUUAAAAAUACCCUCUUACUAAUUUUUGUUAUGCUCAGGAUGUUAUUUUUAUUUAAAAAAAUUAAUCCAAAAAGUGAAAGAAAGGAAAAAAAAGAAAAGAAAAGAAGUAAUUAAGAAGAAGAAGCUUGAAGUGCAUUACCAAGAACAUUAAGCUUCUCCCAAUCCCAAAGCAAAGCAUCUGAUCUGAAUAUGUGUUACUUCUUCAACAAUGGCCAAUGCCACACCCAAAUUCACUAUCUUCUUCCAAAUCCAUCUUCAUCACCUCCAUCCAUCCCAUGGCUUCCUCUCCUUUCACUCUCUCACACCACCUUCUUCUUCCUUACUUUUCCACUUUACCCACUUUUCUCCUUCUAAUUCUCCCAACACUCUUCCAAAUUCAAGGAGUUAAUGGUGGAUCAAUCGGAGUCAAUUACGGCACGGUGGCUGACAAUCUCCCUCCGCCCUCUAAAGUUGCAGCCUUCCUUUUGGAUAACACAAUUAUCGAUCGCGUCAGACUCUUCGAUGCGGAUCCCGACAUCUUACGAGCUUUCGCUCAUACCGGCAUUUCAGUAUCCAUUACAAUCCCUAAUGAUCAAAUACCCCGCUUAGUGAAGCCAAAUUUCGCUGAAGAAUGGAUCAAAUUCAACAUUCAACCCUACAUCCCUGCCACAAACAUCAUUCGCGUUCUAGUUGGCAAUGAAGUCUUAUCCACCGCCAAUAAAUUGCUCAUUGCCAACCUCGUUCCAGCAAUGCAGAGCCUCCACACAGCUCUCAUUGAAGCCUCCUUGGAUAGAAGGAUUCAAAUCUCAACGCCCCACUCGCUCGGCAUUUUGUCGAACUCAACCCCGCCGUCGACUGCAAGGUUCAGGCAAGGCUACGAUACACACGUAAUUAAACCAAUGCUGAGCUUCCUAAGAGAAACAAACUCGCCAUUAAUGGUGAAUCCAUAUCCAUUCUUCGCCUGCACUGCUGACAAUCUAGAUUACGCGCUCUUCCGGCCGAACCCCGGCGUGUUCGACUCGGAUUUAGGAAUUCUAUACACCAAUAUGUUGGAUGCUCAAUUGGACGCGGUUUAUUCCGCGAUGAAAAGCUUGGGCUUUGAGGAUCUCGAUAUUGUGAUAGCCGAAACGGGCUGGCCUUCAAAGGGUGAUCCAACCCAAGUCGGAGUCGGCCCAAAAGAAGCUGCUUAUUACAAUGGGAAUCUGAUGCGACAUGUCGUAUCAGGCAAAGGGACGCCGUUGAUGCCGAACCGGACUUUCGAGACAUACAUUUUCGCUUUAUUCAAUGAGAAUCUCAAACCGGGUCCAAUUGGCGAAAGGAACUUUGGGCUAUUCGAACCAGAUCUGAGCCCGGUUUAUGAGAUUGGGAUUCUUCGGCCCACGGCUCAAUCCGCUACUCCGAGAGCCCAUCAAGGUCAAGUUGAAGGCCCAAGCCCAAGCACAGUGAGUGAAAGUAAAAGGUGGUGCCUGCCCAAAAGUGAGGCCAGCGAGGAGGGCUUGCAGAGAAACAUAGAUUACGUUUGUGGGUUGGGCUUGGACUGUGGGCCGAUAAAAGAAAAUGGGGCGUGUUUUGCUCCUAAUACGGUCCGAGCCCAUGCUGCUUACGUCAUGAACGCCUACUUUCAAGCCACGGAAGGGAACGAUUUUGAUUGCGAUUUUGACCAAACCGGCACUUUAACCACGGUGGAUCCAAGUUAUGGGAAGUGCAAAUAUUGGUAAAAUGGGAGAUUUGGAGGGAGCUCAACCCAAUCACCCCUAUUUCCUUUCUCUUAUUACUUAUUUUUGUUUGUUUCCUUUGUAUUAUUUAGUUUAGCAAAAAAAGAAGAACAAAAAAAGUUAUUUAGUUACGCAGUUGAAGAGGUGGAGAAGGUGAGAUGUUUAGAGAUAGAUUCGUGAGUUCUAUCUCCAAUCCAAAAGUCUUUUCUUGUUAUGUACUAUCUCUAGUCCAUAAUUUAAGUUUAGGGUAUUCUGUGGGUAUCUCUUCAACCUAUUAACUCUUUGUGGGUUUUUGUUUUUAACUCAGAUCAUGUAAUAGUUUUGAUUUGGAAAUGUUUUCUUCAGCGGAUUGUUUCACAAACUCAAAUGUUAAAAUUUAACUAGGGUUUAUUCCAACUAUUAUUUUCCUA